AACACAGUUUAAUAAUGGUUGCGUGGAAACAACGGGCCUUGAGCAUCCUCUUUCGGAAAGUUUGGAUCUUGCAGUCCUUUUCCAUUUCUGAUGCCACUUUCUCUUUGAUGAACUCGCUUUCUCAGGCUGCUUAAAGAGGACGAAUCGGUAGCAUUUGAUAUGGCCUAUGAUGAUACCAGAGAAUCCUUGAUUGGGAAUUCAGUCGAAGCUUCGAAUCAACCCAAGGACAAGAGCAAUGCAGUCCAAAGAAGAAGACACCGCCGCAAUUCUGCUUCAGUGGAUAAUAUCCCCGAGCAGAAUGGCACCGAACCUCAUCUUCUCGAGUCUACUAAAGAACCCACAUUUAGAAAAAUCCUCAUAGUUCUGGCUGCAUACCUUGGUGUAGGAAGCUUUGGUUUCUUUCUCCUGAGGAACCAACUCUCAGGCAAGAAGACGAAUGGUCUACUGGAUGCACUUUACUUUUGCGUUGUCACCAUGACUACUUUGGGAUAUGGAGAUCUCGUCCCAAGUAGCACGUUGGCGAAACUUCUUGCCUCGGCAUAUGUUUUCGCAGGAAUGGCUCUUGGUGGGCUGAUCCUAAGCAAAGCGGCCGAUUACAUUCUCGAAAAGCAGGAAGUUCUUUUAGCAAGAGCUAUGCACAUGAAUGAAAAGGUUGGUCCGGCCGAAAUCCAGAAGGAGGUCGAAGCUCACAAAAUCAGAUAUAAAUUUCUCACUUCCCUGGCUCUUCUCUUGGUUCUUACUGUACUUGGAACCGUGUUUUUGUCGGUCGUCGAGAAAUUUAAAUUUGUCGAUGCUUUCUAUUGUGUUUGCGCUACUAUGACUACUCUGGGCUAUGGAGAUGAAAGUUUCUCGACCACCGGUGGCAGAAUCUUUGCUGUGUUUUGGAUACUGGCUAGUACCGUUUGUGUGGCACAGUUUUUUUUCUACUUCACUGAAAUGUACACAGAAAACAGGCAAAGAUCAUUCAUAAAAUGGGUUCUCACACGAAAUGUUACGUGCUCGGAUUUGGAGGCAGCAGAUCUUGAUCAAGACAAAGUUUUAAGCGCAGCGGAGUUUGUCGUAUACAAGCUUCAGGAAAUGGGAAAGAUCAGCAAGGAAGAUGUUACGGCGAUCUUAGAAAGGUUCCAGAAUCUUGACGUCGAUCACUCUGGAACUUUGACAUCAUCUGAUUUAAUUCAGUCUCGAAAUUAGGGGGUUUUGCUGCUUGUUUCUGAGGAUUAUACUUACAUACUUUCGUCUUGUAUCACUCAUACGCCCCUUCAUUACUUGCUGACAAUGCUGAAGUUUAUUCUCUUAGUGUUAGCUUCAACCAUAAGUGAAUGUCUCCCGCAUCUAUAGAAUCGCAUCUAUAGGCAAAAAGUAAAUCCAAAAUGUGGAACUCAUGUAUCCCUGCCUGAAUUGCUGCAUCAGGCAGCAGAUGCUAGAUC